UGGAAAAUUCCAUUCACUUCAAGGUUGUUAUGGCAAUACAUAAUUUGUUUACAUUUAUAAAUUAGUAAAUUAUCGAGUUAAAGCCACGACUACAUUAAAAUGGCUUGGAUAUCAGGCUUAGCAGGUAAAGCCGAAAAUAUUCUGAAUAAGAUAGAUCAGAAUGCCGCCAGUGCUUUGCAAGUAUCAUCAACAUCGCCUACUGGUGCAGAUACUGAUGAUAGUGAAUCUAUUUUGGGAACUAUGCGGCGCAACUUAUCAAACAGUAAUUUGCAAAUAAAAUCAAAUUUUUCACCGCUCAAAGUCAAAAACGCCGGAUUAACGUCGUUUAGUAAAGUGGAAGGUGAUCCUGAAGCCAUUAAUUUACCAAGUACUACUGGUUUGCCCGAGCCAAUUGCAAAGAUAGAAUGGAACAUCAACUCUGAGGUUUCCUCUCGCCGCAGUUCUGUUAACUCACACCCUGAUGCUAUUGCAAUUGAUGUGGAGGAUACAAAUCAAAAACAUGACAUUCUGAGGAAAGUUGCCACAGAAGGAUCAUUUUUAUCAGGUACGCCGGAAGGUAACGAGUUGAUGGCAUUCAAAAUCGCUUUAAAUGAAGUGACCGGGGAGCGUGAUGAUUUAAGAGCACGUUUAAUUACCAUAUCUCGGGACAAUGAAAAAUCUAUAUUACUGAAAAAGUUGGAAGGAAUGGAGUCACUACUUCAACGUUUGACAGAUGAACGUGAUCAGGCUCAAAAUGAAUUGAGUAAAUCACAAAGCACACAAAAUUCAUAUAUGCAUUCGAUUUCCGAGUUAGAAACGAAUUUAGCUAAAUUACAACAAGAAUAUUUGGAGGCGGCACACAAACUACAAAUGCAAAUGAAGGAAACAGAGCAGCAGCGUAAAGAGUUGCAAGAAUAUCGUGUGAAAGCUCAAUACUCGCUACAAAUGAAAGAUGCACUCAUAGCCGAAUUAAAGGCUAAUGGAGUAACUGUGGGAACUAAUGCGAGUUAUGAAGAUGAAUCGGAUUCACGCUUACUACAAAUGGAAUUUGAAACCUUAAGACAUGAGCAACAGCAGACCUUGGAAGAAAAUAGUACGCUGCGAAUGCAAUUAAAAGAGUUACGGCGGGAUUGGCAGGUAAUAAACGAGCAACAUACAGAAUAUCUGCAAAACGCACGAAUUACUGAAGAAGCAUUGAGAAAAGAAUUACGUGCGGAACGUGAACGCUUGUUAUCUACAGAGUCCGAGCAGAGGGUACAGGCGCAGGAGCUUAUAAAGUUACGCCAACAGUUAAGUAAUCAGAUGGCAGCAUCCGCUACACGUCUUCAAGAAAAGGAGACACAAAUGCAACAACUGCGGGCUGAAUUUCUACGACGCAAGACAUCAGCGAAUACCGAAGAAGGUCUGGCUGUUGACAGUUUAGAUGAGCGUUUGAAAGUGCUUACACAAACUCUGGUGGAUAAACAGCAAUCUGUAGAACGCAUUACAACUGAAAGAAAUGCACUACGCAUACAAUUAGAAAAAAUCCAAGAUCAGCUGCAUGAGCAAUAUGCAUUCAACAGUACGUUGCAUAGUGGUAAUAAGACGGUGCCGCGUAAUCCACUACUUUCAAAUACUACAGAUGACGUUAAGGCACAGUUUCCGCUUUUAUUGCGGGAAAAUCCCUUCGACAACCGUGUGGCUCGACGUGUGAAACGUGUUUACUCUUCUUUAGAUUCUGUCGGUAUUCGAUUAGGCGCCUUUCUUCGUCGUUAUCCCCUAAUGCGCGUGUUUGUGUUAAUGUAUGUUGGACUGCUGCAUUUAUGGGUUAUGUUUGUCCUAAUCUCCUCAUCUCCAAAUUGAAAAGGACACAAAACAGCAAUCAUCGUUACAAUUGUAAACUAUUUACUGUUAAACUGUUUUAUUUCAAUCAAGCGUGAAUAGGUAUUACUUCCCUUCAAUAUAUUCUUUAUGUUUAUGUUCUUAUGCAAGUUAAAGUAUUAGAUUAAUUGUUAUUUACAUAUAUCUAUUACAAAUAGCUAAGAUGAAUGCGGUAUAUUGCAAAUUACCAAAUGGUUAAAGGAUUUUUUUAUGUAUUCGAAUAAAUUUGCGUACAGUGAUAUGUAUCUACUACCCAUUUACUC